GCUUCGUGGAAUCGCCCCCUCAAGCAGUUCAGCCUCUUCUUCCUCGGCGCUGCCUUUACCGCCGCCUCAGUAGGCGUGUCGCGCCGCUCAGUGAUCCGUCGCCAGCGCGAGUCUUUCCCCAAAUUCUACUCGUCCAAUGGCGUAGGACCCCAAGAGGGCCCCAAUUCCGAAGGCGCCAUACUGGGCGUCCAGGCUUUAGGACUGGCAACGCUCAAUGUAUCCAGUUUUGCGGUGCUGCUUACGGGGGGCCUGGCGUGGGCGUUUGAUUUGAGCUCUGUGGAGGAGCUGAGGGUCAAGACGAAAGCUGCAAUGGAGAGGCCUGGGGGUGAGGUCAAUCCGGAGGAUGAGAAGGAAUUUGAGCAGAUGAUGGACAACCUGAUGGCCAAGCUGGGGAUGGACAAG